AUGGAAGAAGUCUUUUCCACACUCCAGUUGUCUUUUGCCGAAGCUCAGACUCUGGCACAGGAUUGGGAAUGUUGGAAGGAGCCACUGAUCGAAGAGUACAGCAUUGCGGCACAGGUGUGGAAGCUGAGUUCGAGCGAUAUGUGCGAACUGGCUCGCAACAGCGUGCUUCAAAGCGGAUUUCCAUCUUCUAUGAAAGUUCAUUGGCUAGGACCAAAUUACGUGGAGGAAGGUGUAUGCGGUAAUGACAUGUCUCGCACGAACCUUCCGAACGUACGAGUGUCGUACCGUUACGAAACGUUGAUCGACGAAUACUGCAUGAUCUUCCGCACUUUAAUGAAGAAGAGUUGGCCGUAG